AUGCUUGGCCUAGCCAUGGGGCUCAGGGGGGGACAGUGCUGGUUGCAGAUAGCAUUGCUGGUGGCUGCUCUCUGGCUGGUGACAGGCCUGGAAUAUGCCCUGGUGUCCCCACAGGAGAGGCUUCCUCUCUUCGCACUCCUCUCAUCCUCCCCAGAGCAGAUCAGCUACGUGCCCCAGCUCUCAAAUGCCACCCUGGGGGCGAAGCUCACACAGUCCACCUUCACCCUUGAGCAGCCGAUGGGCCAGUUCAGUCACCUCAAAAUCUCCGACUUUGAUGCCAUCUGGCUAGUGGUGGCUCACAGCAAUGCCACCCAGGACUUCACGGCCCCACAGAAGCCGGAGGACUUUCCUGCCCCCGCUGACCUGCCCCAGAAGGGCUACUACCUCACCAUAAGGGCCAGACCGUCUCUCUACCUGGGCAACCAGACCAGCAACCAGCUCCGGGUCCUCCGUGUGGGCAACAAUACCGUCUGCUCCCCAACUGCAAAGGGGUGCAACUACCCCCUGCCGGGCCCGGGCCCCUACCGGGUCAAGUUCCUAGUGAUGAGCAAUGAGCGGGGGCCUUUGGCUGAGACAGAGUGGUCCAAUGACACCCACCUGCUGCAAGCACAGACCCUCCAGGCCGUGCCAGGGCCGCGGACGGCGGGCACGGUGGUCCUCAUCACCUUCCUGUCGGUGCUGCUGGCCGUGCUCCUCGCCGCCCUCCUGGCGCUGCUCGUUUACACCUGCUUCGACACCUGCAGGACUAUAUCCAUCUCAGUCCCGGAGGAGCCCGUGUGCAUGAGAAAAUACGACACACACCACAUGUUCAGCUCUCCAGCCACAGGGGGCUCCUGA